UUGCCUAGAGGGCAACAGAAAAUUACAACUGGCUCACCUUGGUCUAAUUUCCCCUGUGAAAUUAUCCAGAAAAACAAAAUGCAGUUUUUGUGCCCAAUUUACUUAUAGCACUACUCUUUACAGUUUCAAGACACAACAGUUGGAAGAUAAGAUGUAUUAAUUUGAAUAUGUGAAAGUAGGGAACAAAGAGCCAGACACUAGGUUAAACCUUCAAUGCCUGUACACACAAAAAUAAGAAGUUUAUAUUCAUUUCUCUAAACGCAAUCUAUGGAGAUUGUGAAAAAAAAAUAAAUAAAGAAAAACUAAACACAAAUCAUUAUAUGAGUUCCAAUGGCUUGGAGCUCAAAAUACAUUAAUUUUCUUUGCUCAAAUGGGGUUUUUUAUUUUGAAAUCGUCUGCACCGGUCCGCCAUUUGGUGUUUUUUGGUUGAUGCAGCGUUCACACUAUGGAGUGGGAAUAGCUUCAGGGAGAGAGAGAAAGAGAGAGAGGGAGAGAGACAUACAAACAUACAUACGAUAAUAGACUCAAGAUGAGUUCUCAGCAGUUUCCCAGAGCUGCAGUGCCUCCUCCUGGAGCUGGACCGGGUCAGACGUCUACUGACAGCAGCGUGCUAGGCACACAACCAGUAGGCAGUGAAGACAGCAGUCGUGAAGUGGAUCACUCUCAGGAUCCUCCGGCUGGCAGCAGCAGUGGCAGUGCAUCGUUCCGUGAUGAGACGGUGGUGGUCAGGCCCUACCCACAGGUCCAAGCUCUAGGCCAGCCUCCUGCUCUGCCCCAGCAUGUGCCUAUCCAGCCCAGCCCUUCUUUAACUGUGGCCGCCCCGUCAGUCCAGCUACUGCAGGGCCAGCAGUCCAGUGUCAGCGAGGGAUCAGUGAAGGCUGCCCUGAAGUCACCUAUGCCCAGUCGUCUUAUAGCACCUGCUCCGGCCGUUAGCCAAGGUCAUAUACCUGUUCCAGCCUCUAUACCAGUGGGACAGAGUAACCUGCAUCAACUAAUGGCCACUAACGUGCAGAUCUUCAGGGGCAGUGCACCUGCGCUACAGAUCGCAUCGCCUGCUCCAUCCCAUACUUUCACCUCCCAUCUGCCCAGAGGCGCAACUGCUGCAGCUGUCAUGUCUAGCACUAAAGGCCCUACUGUUCUCAGACCAGCCGGAGGAGGAAACACAGGCCCUAGCCAACCUGCAGCUGUGCAGCACAUUAUACAUCAGCCUAUUCAGUCUCGACCUUUAGUAACCACCUCGACUGCUGUUCAUCCCACUGUGGUGGCUCCCAUCCCAGCUGCUAGAACCCAGUCCCCAGCCAUCAACACCCCUGUCACACAUGCUGCAGAGAUGGUUCAUGGGCGACCAGUAACCAUUCACCCUCCACCAACCACCAUCAACAUCCAGCGCCCCCCCACUUCCCGGGAAACUGGUACGCGCAUCACUCUUCCCUCCCACCCAGCUAUUGGACCCCAGAAGGCCCAGCCGCCUCACACCGUCACACAGAAACCGAUCUUCAACACUGUGACCCCAGUUGCCGCCGCCACUGUUGCUCCUAUCUUAGCUACCAACACUGCUUCAUCAGCCACCACUACAGGCUCUUCACCACGUACUCAAAUGACCAGUAGCACUAUUGUCACCAUGACAAUGGCCUCUCACUCCUCCCAUACUACAGCUGUGACCACCUCUGCCAUCCCUGUCGCUAAAGUGGUUCCUCAGCCGAUUCCCCACACUUUCCCACGCAUCCAGCCAGAGUACCCAGGGGAAAGAACCAACCUGAUUCCCAUCCCAGGUCAUCGCUCUUCUCCAAACCCUGUCACCAUGGAGGUUCGCAACGAUAACAGGCCGCCAGUGCAGUUUCAGUACUUCUUACCCACAUACCCCUCAUCCCCAUAUCCCCCGACCCACACCUACACCCCCAUUACCAGCUCGGUCUCCAACAUCCGCCCUUACCCAGUCACGGCUCCAUCUCAGAGCUCAGCUCUUCCUGCUCAGGCAGGUGUUGGUGUGGCCACCACUGUGCACUUGAACCCCAUGCAGCUGAUGGCAGUGGAUCGCAUCGGUCUGCAAUCUGCCCAGAUCAGCACUCAGAACAUCCAGCCAGCCUCUAUGACUCCUCAGGGCAUUCAGCCUGCACCAAUAGGUGUUCAGGGGCUGCAUCCCACUGCACCAAUCAGCACCCAGAGCAUACAGCAGGCUCCAGUCGCCACACAACAGCCACAGUCAGAAGCAAAACCACCAGGUGUUGUUUUGGCUGAAAGUCCAGCUUUUGUCACAAAUCCAAUCGGGAGCACUUUUAGUGGCACGCAGCCUGUCACUACGAUGGUGCAGACACACCCCCAGGGGGUGGCUAUAGGUGCACCCACACUUGUCUCCUCCCCCCGACCUAGCAUCCUUCGCAAAAAACCUGUGAAUGAGGGGGCAGUGCGUAAAAGUCUGAUCCCAACGCAGCCAAGUGAACAUAACGCUGGCCGGGUGGAUAGUGGGAUAAGGCUCUCGGGAUCCCCUCGCCCAGCGGGAGUGAAGCCCAAAUCUGAUGUUCAUGUUGCAAUGGCGCCCCCAGUCAUGGCAACCGUGGAGGCUUUUCCGAGUCACGGAGGUGAGCAGCAGGCACUGUCCACUCCUACCCAGCAUCACUCACAGGCAAUUCCAACUCUUCUGGCUCCACCAGCUCCAACACCUCCCUCUCAGCCCACUGCCGUUCUUUCAGCCCUGCCUGCAGCCAUGGCUGUCACUCCCCCUUUGCCUGCCUCCAUGGCCAAUGCAGUGGCUUCUCCCACUCAGCCAGCGGCCACCAGCACUGCUGCCCUGAGCUCCACCCUUCCAGAGGUUAAAGUGAAACAGGAAACUGAGCCAAUGGACACUACACAAGCAGUGCCCAUGGCUCCUUCUUCAACAGGUCCAGCUCCAUCCCUCUCCUCCCAGGCCUCCAGCCUGGCCAUAUCUUCUCAACCCGGAGACCUCCUGCCCGGGGCCUCUCCAAGGAAAAAACCCCGCAAACAGCAACAUGUGAUCUCCACUGAGGAGACUGAGAUGGUGGAGACCAACAGCACAGACGAAGAGAGAGUUAGCAGCCGAGCUCCAGGAAACAGACCUGAAAGGUCUCCACCUAGGGAAUAUGUUGAUGAGGAUGGUGUUCGUUAUGUACCAGUCCGCCCUAGACCUCCCCUUACUCUAUUACGCCAAUACCGUAACCCAUGGAAGGCUGCCUAUCACCAUUUCCAGAGGUACAGUGACAUCAGAGUCAAAGAGGAGAAGAAAGGAAGCCUUCAGGACAUGGCCAGUCAGAGAGGAGUAGCAUGUCGAGCUCAGGGCUGGAAAGUGCACCUGUGUGCCGCACAGCUGCUACAGCUGACUAAUUUGGAGCAUGACGUGUACAGCCGGUUGACCACCCUGCAGGAAGGCCUCAUCCCAAAGAAGAGAGCUGGAGCUGACGAUGACCUGCACCGCAUCAAUGAGCUCAUACAGGGCAACAUGCAGCGCUGCAAGCUUGUGAUGGAUCAGGUGGCUGAAGCUCGCGACACCAUGAUGAAAGUACUGGACCAUAAGGACAGAGUCCUGAAGCUGCUCAACAAGAAUGGAACUCCCAAGAAGAGCUCCAAAUUAAAGCGCAAGGAGCGGGCAUAGAUACCACUCCAUGGUCUUAAUCUUUGUCCAUCAGCAUAGUCGAACACAGAAAUGCUCUUCAAAAGCUGAACCUGUCAUGGUUUAUCAGGUUGCUGUGCACAAUCAUCUACUUACUUUUACAGUCUCAAAGAGAGAGAAAGACGGUCAUAAACCAUCAAACUGUUUUUACAGGAUCUGCUGCUUACUGUGGACUGUCAGACUGUCCAUUGGGUAUGAGGCAGCCUGGUUAACCAUUCCAUUUUAGAAGAAACAUUUUGUUGUCUGUUUUUUUGUUGUUGUUGUUGUAGAGGCAAUGCUUUUUCUGUAAUGGACUUUAAAUAUCAGAAAGGUCACGUUUGCUAGAUGUAACUUUUGUAUUUAGUUUGAAUCACACCAAGUACACACUGUGAACAUGAGUGUGCUAGCUUUCCAUGUUUUGGUGCCUUGUAACAUGGGUGAAACUGGGGGAUUUUUUUUGUGCGUUAAAUACAAAAGUUAAAGUUAAUCACUUUCAGAUUAGCCAGAAAUUAAGUCCUCAGUGAAAAUAAAAGAGUCUUGUACUAACCAGAUAUGAUUCACUCUAACCCUUCUAGUUUUUUUAAUCACUGUAAACAUUCAAGCUCUAACGUGACUGAUUAUAGAACAAAGCAGUGAAAUGUGUACUUGAAAGAAUCAGUAUAAUUAUGUGAAUUUAUCAUAAGAAUGUGUGGAUUGUUUUAUGUUUCAGUGUAAGAAGUUUGUUCUUAAUGGAAGUGACGUGGUUUUCACCGAGUCUUUUUUUUUUUUUUUUUUUUUUUUUUUUUGCUGUUUUACAGAUAUAAUGUUGUUCUGGGUAUGAAUAAUAAUUUGGACGUUUUGUACAUUUUUUUUCAUUCUUUUAUUUUUCUGUGUGUACUCUAUUAUGUGCUAUUGCAGUAAAACUUGAUACAUUUAUAAAGAAUCUUUAGUGAGUACAUUUGGUACUAAAUGCACUUAAAUAAAAGAACUUAAGAAGUUA